AUGGGCAAGCUUCGUGAUGGCUUAUCGACGUUUCGCCGUCGCUCACUGGGCCGGUCAACCAAAUCCGCCUACAAUGAAACUCACAAUAUGCCCAGCCUGGAUACAAUUCGCCGAUAUGAUCCUGAGCACGGCGACCCGGUGCUGGUGAGCCGAAAACCCGUGCCCGAGGUGCGCGUUGCAGAAAGGCCUUCAUUGUCGACGGUGCAUCCUCUGCCAACGUCAGAGAGGUUAUCAGCAUCACCACCUUCAACUGGAAACUCUCAACCACAUGAGAUUCGGCGUAAAGCGGCAAGGCUCUCAAAAGUUGCGCCGUCUCAGCAUGACUCGUCAGUUCGUACAAAGUCGAUGAGUUCCCACCAUGGAGGUUUGUCACCUCCUUAUACCGAACAUCAUUCUACUGGUUACUCGAAAGAGCAGAGUGGACUUGACAAUACGUCCAAGGAUUCGCUGCAGCCUAUUGAUAACCUCCCAUCCCCAGGAGCAAAGCUUUCCAAGCAGCUACAUGAGGGACAUGCCUUGUCUACGACUGGCCGCUCAACGACCCGCGAAGACUCCCAACUGCACUCAAGGUCUCCAAACCGAAGGACACCUCCAAAAUCGUUACAAGCAGAUAGCCCUCCCCGCCGAAAACCUUUGAGUCCAGAUGUGCAACCACAAAGAUUGACGCUGAGCGGCGAACGUGGAGAAAGCAAUCAAUCCAUGCCAGCCGCCAGAAUCGUGGAAAGUAGAAGCCAUCCGCUUCCACCACUUCCACCAGCUCUGCAAGACAUUCAUCCGCAACCUGUGCGCCGUACCUCAUCCGGGACGCAGAGUCCUUUGUCAUGGAACCCGGUUCCUUCUGGACGGAGGAGCAGUACCGCUGAAAACCUGGAGCGGGCUCCUUUGCCUCCAACACAACUUUCCCCACGUUCAGAUAACUACAAUUCCCGGCGUCAGUCCUCGAAGAGGCCAGAAGACCACUCAUCCACGACAACUUCUUCGUCGUCAGCACCUCGUCUAAGUCUAAACAUGCCUUCAAUUCCAGACACAUCCCUCAAUAUCCCUCCUCCCUUUAUUACAGCGAGCGCACCAAAGCCUGAACAAGCUCCAGCUCUAGCAUCAGAAACUCGGCAGAUUCAACCCUCUCAACCUCAGUACUCCAAAGCUGACGAUGCGGCUUCUCCUACAUCUCGUCCAUGGCCGCUCCCGGAUUUGCCUGCCACGGCGACCAUGGUGCCACCGCACAUUCGCGACCUACGUGCAAGCAGCGCGCCUUUACCUGAGCAGGAACCAUUGUCGUCGUCUGCCACACCACCACCACAACAACAACCUCCUCCUCAUCAUCAUCAUAACCAUCCUUCUUCCAAUCCUACAACGUCGCGCCCUAGUCGCCCCAGUAACCACAAGCGCAAGUCCUCUGGGGGAUCGAGCAUCCGAUCGUUUGCCAGCAAACUUCGGGACCCUCCCUAUCCCAGCACCGAGAAUUACUCUGCAUCUGCACGUCCAAAACAUGCCCCAGCACCCGUACGCCCCGCAACUACCGGUGGCCAGACGGGUCAAUUUCUCGCCCCCCACGCUCCCCGUCCAAAGAGCCAUCAGUCGCCAGACCCUUCGCGCCCUUCAUCGCUGUGCAUCACCGUCCCGGCCCCUGGGCUCACAGAUGUUCAUUUCUCAUGCUAUCAUUCUCACCGUCGUAUGAUGCUGUCCCGCAACCUCUACGCGCCAGUCGCAUGCAUGACAUGCGGGAAAGAAGACGAUCUACCCCGAUUCAAAUGCACAUGGUGCUGUUUGAGAAUAUGCCGGGGCUGUCUGAUAGGCCUUGAAAAAUGCCCCGGCCGGUCUUUGGCCAUGUUCAUGACUCGAGUUGGCGAGCGUGGAGCUGGCGCAGGGAAGAGGCAUCGCCAUACCAUUAGCGGUGGAUCCGCAGCAGUUGGUGCUGCCAGUAGUGGACACUGGUCCGGCGAAAAUGACUUGAGGCGUAGUAGCAUCAAGGAAAUGCCCGGCAAUCCACAAAGGACCAGUAUCGGCGGUGGCAGUGGCCUUGCUCCAAGCGGAGCGACUAGCAGCAACAAUACCGCGAGUAACAGUCGGCGCAGCAGUCUCGUCGGUAGUCCGGGGUCCAACACUCCAGGUGCUCCUAACGGACAAGCAUUGACAGCCAGCAGCAUCUCUCUCGGUCCUCCUCCGGCAUUGAGGAAUUGA